AUGAAUGCUAGUAAUGGUAAUCCUGCCUCCAUGUCUACGGAGUGCACGCACACGCUCGGACGGAAGGAUUAUCUAGCGGCCGCGGUCCGGGCAGCCAUACUCCGACUUGUGUGCAAGCUGCCUCGCUGUCAGUAUCCGUCAUGGAAGUCGCACGCUGCCUCUACUAAGCAAGUGCCAGCCGAGCAGCACGUGCCAGAGAUAACUAUCGGAGUUGGAAGUACGCUGCAGCAGCUCGCACUCCACAUCUACUGCUCGCAAAUGACUGCAAACUGGUUGAAUUCCGAGGUCAAGGACAGCCCAAGUGGAGCGAUUAACUGCUUGCAAAGCAGUCAGAGUUUGUACAACGACAAUACUCUCUCGGUAAUCCGGGAGCGGGAACGUCUCCCAGAAGGAUUCGAAUGUCAUGACCAGCUACUGGCGGCAACUGGCCUCGGCCUCACUAUGUAUGUGCGGCGCGUGUCGCUCACAAUGGUCGUCGCGACGCUUCGGGGAAGGAAGCGCUCUGGUCCGGCCACCUGCGCGCGCGCUCCACGCGCCGCCCAUACCAAACUGUUUGCUCUGCAUCGCAGCGCAUGUAGAUGUGUGUCAGCGCUGCGACACAGUCGCGCCACCAUCGCCGGCACGCUCGCUGCAGGCCGUGUUCCCACGGAGCGACGCUGCACGCGCGGAGAUUACAAGAGAAAGUGUGGUCACACCCCACAGCGAGUCAGUGGAUCACAAAAUGUGUCGAGAUACGCCUAA